UAGGAUAGAUCAAAAUGAAAACCAAUAAUUUGAACAUUUCGAUCACCAAUUUAGUGGAGUAAACCUUGUGAAAAAGCCGAAGCGGGGUGCUAGAAUUAUAAUUCGCGGAAAACAGCAAUCUAUCAAAGGCGGCGAAUUUGCGCGCUUUGCCGAAAACAAAAAAAGGAAAGAAAAAACUCAAUACCCCUUUGUACUUUCAUAGUUUUCAAAUCCACACUUCGAUAACAUACCUAAAACAAAAUGGCCGAUGAUUCCCCCGCUUCCCAUCGAAGAGACCCCAUCAAAUCCUCAGUUGGGAACGUAGCGGCUCAACGACGGCGGCAGAAUGCGGUGACGGUGGGGAAAGAGAGGAGGGAAUCCUUGGUCCGAGCGAAACGAUUGUGUAGAGUGGGUCCCAGCGGCGACGGCGAUGUUCCUGGCGAGGAAAAUGAUAUGGUAACUGAUGAAGAAGGGUUUCUUUUAGAUGCCCAAACUUCUUCAGCCGUCGAGGACUUAAAAUCUGCCAUUGCUUACCAGGGAAAAGGUGCAAUGCAGAAGAGGGUAAAUGCACUUCGUGAACUAAGGCGAUUGUUGUCGAAAUCAGAGUUCCCUCCGAUUGAAGCUGCUCUUAAAGCUGGAGCAAUUCCUUUGCUUGUGCAAUGCCUUUCGUUUGGUUCUCCUGAUGAACAGUUGCUUGAGGCUGCUUGGUGUCUUACAAACAUUGCAGCAGGAAAACCAGAAGAAACGAAAGCUUUAUUGCCUGCAUUACCGUUGUUGAUUGCUCACCUUGGAGAAAAGAGUUCCUUGCCCGUUGCUGAGCAGUGUGCAUGGGCAUUGGGAAAUGUUGCUGGUGAAGGGGAGGAGUUGCGAAAUGUUCUGCUAUCUCAAGGGGCUUUGCCGCCUCUUGCAAGAAUGAUGUUGCCAAACAAAGGUUCAACUGUGAGAACAGCAGCUUGGGCAUUAUCAAACCUUAUCAAGGGGCCUGAUCCUAAAGCUGCAACGGAGCUCAUCAAAGUUGAUGGCCUACUUGAUGCAAUUCUUCGGCACUUACGAAAAUCGAAUGAGGAGCUGGCCACCGAAGUAGCAUGGGUGGUGGUGUAUCUCUCAGCCCUUUCCAAUUUUGCCACUGGUGUUUUGGUGAAGAGUGAUGCCAUUUUACUUCUUGUUGAAAGAUUGGCAACAUCAAAUAGUUUGCAACUGCUCAUUCCGGUGCUGAGAAGUUUAGGCAAUCUUGUGGCUGGUGAUUCACAUACAACUUCUACCGUUCUGAUCCCUGGGCAUGAAAUCACAGAUGGUGUCAUUAAAGCCCUAGUAAAAUGUCUGAAGAGUGAUCACAGGGUCUUGAAGAAGGAAGCAUCAUGGGUUCUAUCUAAUAUAGCAGCUGGUUCCAUUGAACACAAACAGUUGAUAUAUUCUAGUGAGGCUGUACCUUUACUACUACGUCUUCUUUCAACUGCACCCUUUGAUAUACGAAAGGAAGUAGCAUAUGUGUUGGGAAACCUAUGUGUUACCCCUACUGGUGGUGAUGGAAAGCCAAAUCUGAUCGAGGAGCACCUGGUUUCCCUUGUUCAGAGAGGCUGUCUCUCAGGUUUCAUUGAUCUGGUUAGAUCUGCUGAUAUAGAGGCUGCCCGACUAGGACUUCAAUUCAUGGAGCUGGUUUUGAGAGGAAUGCCAAAUGGAGAUGGCCCAAAACUAGUUGAACAAGAGGAUGGGAUUGACGCAAUGGAAAGAUACCAGUUUCAUGAAAAUGAAGACUUGAGAAACAUGGCCAAUGGUUUGGUUGAUAAAUACUUUGGUGAGAACUAUGGGAUCGAUGAGUAAAGUAAGGUUUUAUGACAGGCAAUCCUUUGGUUGUGAUCGAUUUCGUUGUAAUGUUUUUUUGUAAUUUUAUUUACCCUCUUUUGUGGGGAUGUAAAUUUAGAUGAACUGGUUCAUCGAAGGACUUGUUGGCAUUGCCCUUUGUCAACAAAACUUGGGCUGUCAAGGCUAACCAUGUAGGAUGUCUGAUAGGUUGAUAGCAUUUGUCUCCAAGAAUUGUCGAACUGUUUGUUGUUCUACCUUUUAUUUUAUCAUCAAUUUUUGUUGGGUAAA